AUGAAUGGAAAAUUUGAGAUGAAUUUAGGAAAAUCCCAAAAGAAGUAUGGGCUAAUAAAAACAAAAAAUGUGUUUAAAGUUGAAGAAAACGAUGAAGAAGAUGCAAUAAAGGCAGCAAAUUUAGAUAUUGUUAAAGAAAGUCUUAUGAGACAGCAAAAAUCUGAUGAAGCUUUAUAUAGGGCUUUGGCUGAAGAUCCAACGAUAAUUUCAUAUGAUAAGUUUUACGAGAGUUUUAAAGACAAGCCAGAGCAAAAAGAUGUAGAAAAAAAGCCUAAAUAUUUAGAUGCUAUUAAGGCAGCUAAUGAAUUCAGAAAAAAAGAAAAAAAUUUGAUAAAAGAAAGAGUUGAAGCUAAAAAAAGAGAAAAAGAAGCCAAAGAACUAGGCGAAACUGAGACUUUUAUUACUCCAAGCUACAUAAAGUUUUUGCAGGAAAAUAAUCAAUGGGCAGCAGAUCUUGAGAAAAAAGAUGAGAGAUCAGAAAUGCAUAGCGUCAGCAAUUCAAAUGGAGAUAUCCGCAACUUUUAUGCAAAUUUACUUACCCCCCCCCCCCCCCUCCGUGAGCGAACAAACCAUUAGAAAAAUCGCCAUUUUUUGACCAAAAACCCACCCUCCGUGAGUGAACAAAAAUUUUUUUAAUAGAAAAAAUUUUAAUGGAAAAAAAUUUUUGAUAUAUAAGUGAUAAUUAGUAUAAUGAAAUCUAGAGCUAAUUCUGUUUAAUUUUAAACAAAUUGCGUUUUAAAACAUAAAAUUUUGCAAAUUAAAUUAAUAUUUGCUUCCCAAUUUUUGCAAAUUAGAUUUUUUUUUAAAUUUCGAAAAAAAUAUUUUUUAUAUAAAAAUUUAUAUAUAAAUUUUUUUUUAAAAAAAAAAUUAACCCCCCUCCGUGAGCGAACAAAAUUUUUUUGUUCGCUCACGGGGGGGGGGGGGGGGGGAGUUACUAAAAAUUCUGCAAUGGGGAAUAAAAGUGAGCCAGAGCCCCGAAAAAUACAAAAAAUUGAAGAAGUUGAGAAAAGCUCGAGUGAGUCAGAAGAGGUUGAAAUGCCUGAAGAACCUCCUAAAGCAGCAGAAGAGGAUACAGAAAAUAAUAUCAAUCAAGAAUCAACUCCAGAGCCUCUACCAGAGAAAAAAGGUGAAAAAGAUAUACAGUCUGCACGAGAGCGGUUCCUUCUACGAAAAGCCCAAUCUAAUAAUAGCUCUAAUAUGCUAAAAUAA